AUCUUCCUGUUCUGGGUCCUUUACUCAAGAAUGUAGUAUGAUUGGUAAGUGUUGAAUAAUCCUAGUACAAGUACUCAGGAACAAUCAAGAAGAGGACCACGAGGACCAUGCCACCUAAACAAGCAUCGCCUGCAGCGUCAUCCGCGCAAUUGAAGCGCAAAGCCUCGCGAAGUCCAGCCGCUAAAAAGAUCGCACGGACAUCCAAAAGCCCAGCACCGACUAGCACUUCGCAGAAAGAUGUGGCGCAGUACAUGGUCAAGAGUCCUGCUCUUGCUCCGCAGACAAGCGCAAAAAUCAGUCCUCCAUCACCACACGUGGCAAGUUCUUUAGGAGUUGGAUCCAGCAGCAAUGCUCCUGCAGCUGCAUCUUCUGCAGCUGCUUCCGCACACGACGUAGCUGUUAAUCUUAAUAGUACUACCGCUGGUAGAGGUAGUAGUAGUCCACCACCUGCUCCAACCCCUAGCCGAACGCAAAUUCUGCUGGAAAAGUUACGCGCAAGUCGCAACGCUUCGCCUGCUGCCGCAAUUUUCUCGACCACUCUGAGUAAUGCUAUUGCUGCUGUAGGAGGAUCAUCUUCAUUCCAGCCAAGUACACAAGGAAAAGUAGAAGGAUCGAAAAAAACGGAAGAUCUUCAACAUCGGGAGAGAUUGAAAGAGGUAGCUGCAAUAGAACUAAAUAAACCUCCAGAAGAUUCUAGUACUUCACAACCUAAAAAAGUAGACGAGGAUGAGAAACUACGCCGGACGAUAUCCAGCACCAAUAUUAACCUGACUGCAUCAACAACAUCAAAAGUUCUUGAACAAGGUCUCGUAGACGAGAAACCGGAAGCACGACCAGAACAUGAUCAACCUUCACCUCCACCUACUUGCACAUCUUCUUCUUCAGCGGCUGCGGAGGUCGUGAAGAACGCUGCAUCUGAACAGAGUCCUCUAAGACCAGCUAUAGGGUCCUCUCCUCCAGGAGGUCCUCCUGCAACAGGAGCAUCUUCUUCCCAAGCAGAGCCGUCGUCCCUUUUUCGACGCCGCGUGUCAGAGAUAGCGCGUGCACGGGUAAGCCUUGGCCCUAACGCUAGUCAGGAAGAGAAGAAGGCUGAAGAGGAACGCCUAGCCGCGAUAGAAAGAAACAUGGAGGCUAUAUUCAGAAAACCAAGAGAAGGCUCUAAAGUUAAGCUUACAUCUACAUAUAAGGUUUCCUUAUUAAAAAUCUUCAAAAUGCAUCUCCAGCACCACCACUUGAAGAACCAUGAUCUUGGAACUCCUGUCUCAAAAGGAGUAAACAGCCCUUUGAUAUGAGCCCUAAGGCUACUUCUUAUACUUAAAAAGAUGUUGGAUUUUUAGGGUCGUCAUAUUUAGUACGUCUAAUAAAUGUCCCGUCAUCACAGCUGACGAUGACGAUGGUCGGAUUAUUGGGGUAGAAGAUGCUAACGGUCGGAUUCGGAAACCGUUGGACACGUCGACGACGGAAGAACUUGUUAUGGUACUUUUCUACUUCAAAGGUAGCUAAUUUGUUCAUGAGGAAGAUGAGUACACAUUUUUCUGUCAUACAGUCUACCUGCUCUAUGUUUAGAAUCUUUAUGAGUUAUGCAGAGAUGAUCAUGAUGCAAAGCAUCGUAUAGUCUAGGAGCUGGUAUGCUAGCCAGUGGUAGACUCAAUGAUGAUAAUGAUGAUAGAGAAGCAGGAGUGGUCUUCUACAUCUACUGUUUAGAAUCUUUAUGAGUGUAGAGAUGCAGAUGAUAGAGAUAGAGAAGUUCACCUUCACUUUCGUCCUCAAUAAAUACUUAUGCCCCCCACCGUGUCCCCUUCUCUAAGCCAAGGAAGAUCCACAAGAUUUUGCAGAGGAAGCUAAGGCGAAGCGAGCCAGCCGCUAUCCAAGCACGUGUGGAUCGAGCGCUGCGGAGACAAAGCAAGACGCCUCCAGUGCGGAAAAGCUAUUGUUCCUGUGGCGAAUGCCCUGCGGCGCCUCUUUUACCACGUAGUCAGCUACUGGAGUGGUUACGAGAAAACGAGAAAAAGAAGGCCAUUUGCGCUAGUACUAAGGAUCAGAUGAUGAAAAUGAGUGAUGCCGAAGAUGAUGGAGGUACUGCUAAUACUAGAAGUGGCAACUAUCCGGACGUGGCGGUAGCGGGAGGUGCAUCUUCUUCCUCUUCAGGAGGAUUGGCUCUUGACGACACUCUGGCUUUGGCGAGUAAAAGAAGAAGAACCUCCACGACAGGAGGUGGCGGUGUAAGCGGCGCACUGGGUUCACAGGUAGAGGAACAAGCACUCCAGGAGGACCCUCUUUUGUGUUCAGAAGUGGCACCUCCAGCCGAUGUUGAAACGUGAUCACAUCUUCAUAGUUAGAUUAUAUCAAGACAUGCUUCUUUGAUCUUCAGCCUCUAGUGGUUAGCUUUCUUGUAAGUAUUAUUGAAUGAUCCAACACCGACAUACGUGCAAGCAUGAUGAAGGAUGUUAUCUUGGUAGCUGGUUUUCUUGUAAUCCAUGCAUGAUGAAGGAUGGUACUGAUCUUGGUACUUCGUUUUCUUGUAAUGAUCCAGAAGAGAAACAUUAAAUGAGGACAUCAACAUGGACUGCUCGAAAAUAAGCACUUUUGGUUCAAGAAUUGAGUGCUCACCAGCUUUUCGAUGUUGCAAAUCAACGAUGAAAGAUGACUUGAGUGGUCGUUCUUCAGAUAAUAAGUUGAAGAAAGAUCUUCAUUUGUGAAGACAGCAGGAUGCAUCAUUCGAAAAAAAUUUGGGACAUCAUCAACGCACAUCCUCCUCUAUCAGCAAAUGCGUGGGUGCGUGUUUCUGAUCUUUUGAUUCUCCGCAGACGAGCC